UGAGUUUAGAGAUGAAGUAAGAAAAGAACCCCCAGAAAUUGCAACCGAAGAUCCAAAAGAACACGAAGUCAAAACCAUACUAGACAAGAGAACAUACUACCAUCGCCUACAGUACUUAGUAAAAUGGAAAGGUCACCUACUAUACGAUGCUACUUGGAAACUCUUGACUAAUCUUGAAAAUUACAAAGACUUGAUAAAAGAGUUCGAAAAAACUGGUGAAACUGUUUUAAAUAGGGAGAGUAUAAGAGAACUAUCAG